UAAAGCUGUCUUAUUGCAGCGCUUUCCGCAUUCGAAUCAAACGAAACGCUACGGAAGAAUUUAGAGAUGAAGGGAACGGUCUUGCUAGUGUUUUUGUUCCUCGUAUCCGUCGAGUGUUCCGACGUUCGUCGGUCGGCCGUGGUUCAGACGAAGUCAGGACCAGUUCAAGGAGCGAUAUUAAAAACUGUAUGGAAUUCGAUCGAAUAUUCGUCUUUUAAAGGAAUUCCUUUCGCCGCUCCUCCGAUCGGUGAUCUCCGAUUCAGGCCUCCCGUUGCUCCGGAACCGUGGGAUCACGUCCGGGAUGCAGUCGAAGAAGCUAGCCAGUGUCCUCAACUCGACAACAACGGCGCGUAUAACGGAAACGAAGACUGUCUGUACUUGAGCGUGUUUACUCCUAAGACGAAAUUCGACGACAAAUCGGCUUUGAAGCCAGUUAUGUCCUGGAUUUAUGGAGGUACCUUCCUUAAGGGAUGUGCUAAUUCGUCGGAGUUCGGUCCCGAUUUUUUCAUCGAACAAGACGUAGUAGUGGUUACUUCCAACUAUCGGCUGGGUGCCCUAGGAUUUUUGUAUCUGGAUCAUCCGCACGCGGCGGGCAACGCUGGGAUGAAGGAUCAAUUGGCGGUUUUGAAAUGGAUAAGGGAGAAUAUCGCGAAAUUUGGUGGUGACCCGAACAGAGUAACCAUCUUCGGGCAAAGUGCCGGCAGUUCGAGCGUCAGUUUGCACGUUCUUUCGGACGAAUCGAAAGGUUUAUUCCAUCAAGCCAUUUGCCAGAGCGGAACAUCGCUGUCGUAUUUGUACAAAUCGAGGGAAGACUCGCUUACGGUCUCAAACGCACUUGCCACCAAACUCGGCUUUCUUUCUUUGGACAAGGAACAGUUGAUAAAGUCUUUCCUUCACGCGGAUCCGAAGGAUCUAGUAGAGCAGACAUCCAAACUACCAAUGAUUGUGUCGUUCGCGCCGAUUAGGGAUAAUUCCUACAAUGACGAACCGCCGUUCCUGUCGGAGUGUCCAGUGACCAAGGUCGCGACUGGUAACUACAACAAGGUGCCUAUGAUCAUGGGCUUCACGCACGACGAACUCCUGCUUUUCACGGAAAAACCGUACGAGAUCUUGAACAAGUCGGAAAAAUACUUGAAAGAACUUUACCCCAUUCUGCCGCCGUCCCUCAAACACCCCUACGAAACAGUGAAACAAGCUGCCGUGGGCUUGUCGGCCAUCGGCAUGAAAGCACAAGUCGAUUUCGCUCAAAAAAUGUUCACGCACGAAAACGGCGACAAUCCCAUUUACUAUUACCAAUUGUCGUACGUAUCGAACUACGCGGAACACAAAUCCUACGGUAUUCCAGUAUCAGGUGUUGCUCACCAAGACGAUGUUGGAUACAUAUUCAACGUGGAAUGGUUACAUGCACCCACAGACCCGAAACAUCCGUUCAACCAGUUUCGACAUAAAUUAGUCACUAUGUGGGCGAAUUUCGCGAAAUACGGAAACCCGACGCCCGUGAACGCGAACCCAUUGGGCGACACGAUUUGGGAGAACUCCGGAAAAGAGGGAAGACUCUUAAACAUUACCGACGUUUCGAAAAUGAUAAAUCGGAGCGAAGCGAUCAGCCAAACCGCCGUAAUCGCGGAGAACGUGCUCUAUCUAACUUUGCCCGUUACGAGCAGCUGCAAAAAAAUAUCUUACGUCAAUUAUUUCGAUCUCUUCUGAUUUCGUUGAUCAAACGUGUAUGUAAAGUAAACAAUAAAGUUUGAUGAUUUCUUUUAGCAGAUAA